AUGAAAAGCCUUAAAACUCUCGACCUGUCUUACAACAAAGAGCUAACAACUUUUAAUUUAUCUAUCCCAUCACUAGAGAGAUUAGAUUUGUCUGACACAGAUAUUCCAAGUCUUCAUAGGAAUAUAUUUAAAAACAUGAAAAAUCUGAAAAUGUUAUAUCUUAGAUAUACCAAGUUAACAAACUUAAACUUUAUCCCUGACGGUUUUACGCUGGAAACACUUGAUAUCAGCGGUACUAAAAUGCAAGGGAUAGGAUCCAAUUAUUUUAGAAACCUGAACAUUACAGUAGUUGUAAGAACAUCACAGUAUAAACUGUGUUGUCCACAGGCUCUUGGCCCAAACAUACCCGUUGAGAAGUGUCAAUCUUAUGACAAAUCUAUUUCUUCCUGUACAGACCUAAUCAGGGGUGUUAGCAUGAGAAUUAUUCUGUGGGCGAUAGGUCUUCUAGCCUUAGUGGGGAAUAUGUUAGCUCUAGCGUAUAGGAUGAUAUGGGAUAGAAAGGUUUUACAGACAGUGUACGGACAGUUUGUGUCCAACCUCUGUAUCUCAGACAUGAUAAUGGGCUCUUAUCUCAUCAUGAUUGGCGUGGCUGAUGAGGUGUAUCGGGACGCUUAUUUUGUCAGAGAAGACGAAUGGAAAUCCGGGGUUGUCUGCCAAGUGGCCGGGUUUCUGUCAACCCUCUCCAGCGAGGUCACGACGUUCUUUAUCUGUCUGAUAACACUGGACAGAUUUCUGACACUCAGGUUCCAAACUGGCAAGUACCGGUUCACCACGAGGACAAAACAUGCAUCCAUCAUCCUCUCCUGGCUGCUUGGGUUCUCUUUAGCUUUGGUGCCAGUACUGUGCCCUGAGUGGGGAAUAUUCACAUCCAACUCCAUGUGUUUGGCAUUUCCUUUAGACACUGCUGUAAGUGGUGGACGUUAUUACGCUGUGGCACUUUUCUUAGGUUUGAAUUUUGUUCUGUUUCUGUCUAUCAUAGUCGGCCAGAUUUUCAUCUUACGUUCUCUCUCCGCUAGAAGAACUGUUUCUACUUUCAGUACCGUAAACAAUUCAAGACGAGCCCAGGACGUUCUCGUUGCUAGGCAACUGUUUCUUGUGGCCGUGACCAACUUCCUGGCCUGGGUUCCUGUGCAGAUAUUUGGGACACUUGCACUGGCUGGGGUUGACCUCGACAACGACGUCUACACGUGGACGGCUGUGUUUGUUUUACCCCUGAACUCGGCCUUGAACCCUUUAGUAUACUCUUUUCCAAGACUGUACAACCUGUUUCUGUCUCUAAAAAAUGCUUGUUGUAAAUAA